GAAAUUAUUUUUACAUUUAUUUAAUUCUGUCAAGCUGCUCUGUCACCAGUCACGAUAAAUCACUUACCAAUAUCACGUAUUCUAUACCGUUUGAACACAUUUUAUUUGAUUAUUAACACACAUAUAAAGUCCUACCGGCUCGAAUUUUACAACCAAAAAGCGCCAACAUUGAGCCAACGGCGAUGAGCCAAAGCGCACAGUACUGGACCACGCACUGUAAACACGUUUUGUUCCACGAAAGGGAUCGGCAAUUACCCCUAGAGGUUAUGUGAAGGUUAGCCAAAUUCAAAGAUACAUCCCGGCGACCGUUACAUCGUGCCUGCGGGACGUAAAUUUGCCAUCUACGCGCAACCCUUCCAUCGGAUAAUGCAUUUCUAGCAAUCGGCACAAUUUAGCGCACACGAUUGUACACUGAAUGUCGCUUUAUCGCGCCCUCGUCAGCGAUUCGCAAUCAGUGCAUUCCGUGCUGCCAGGCGAGACAGUGCUGCCAGCACGGCGCAAGCAUUUUUUACGUAAUCAAUCGAUUUCGUUAAACGUCACUAGCUGUCAACCCGUUCCACGGCCUAAUUUUUUUUUACUGAAAACGGGAUGAAUUUGUGGUGAAAAUAAUUGCCUCACACGAAAACGCUGCUGGAAAAUCGAACCUGCACGCGAACAAUCGCCGCGUUACCGGAGCCGAUCUGUGCGGACUGUACUGCUGUUAGACGGCGUCGCCACCGAGCCGACGAAUCCGGCGACGAAAAGUGCUCCGCAGGCAGCUAGCUGGCAGUCACAGCAGCAGCAGCAGGUGCCUGGUUGGUUCACAGUCAGAUAACCUAUAUUUGCUUAUAUUUUCUCCUUCCGUGACGACGACGACGGCUGGCACUUUUACGGUGCGGUGUGUCUUCGGUGGGUCCGGCUUUGCGAUUGAUCAUUAUCGAUGGGAUUUCCACGGUUCCAGUUAGGCUAGUGUUUCAAUGAAACUUCCGCGUGACAAGCAAAGAAGUAUGCUCUGUCUGGUGUGACGUCUGGAAAUACAAAAUGCAAAGUGGAGGAGGGCAGUUGCCACCCGGCCCGGUCAUACGUAACAUGCCAUCGGGGACCCCCACGUCCCAGCAGCAGCAGCAGCAGCAGCAACACCAGCAGCAGCAGCAGCAGCAGCAGGCGGACAUGAAACUCACAUCGCAGCAGGCAGCGAUGAUGAAUCAGCAGCAGCAGAACGCGCUCUACACGCCGCAGCCCGUGUUUCGGGGCGCGGGCGGCGGUCAGUCCGCGCGGCCAAGGGGCGCGAUGCAGAUCGGUCCGUAUCAGCAGGUGCCGAUGGCCAUCAACUACAUGCAGCCGCUGCAACGGCUACCGGCACCCUGGGGCAAUAUGGGGAACGUGCAGGUCGUUUACCCGCCGUACCACAUGUACCAGAUGCUGCCGAACCAGCACCAGACGGCGGGCGGACGCCGGCAGCCGGGUGCAGACAACAGUUUAGUAAAUAUUUCGCAAGUGCCGAUGCCUCAGCAUGCUCACUCGAAUCAGCAGCCGGCACCGAUGCAGGUGCCACACGAAAUGAUGCAGCACAUGCAUCCACCGCAAGCUCCGCCACAAGUAGCCGCCGCCCAUGUUGCACCGCUGGAGCAGCACCAGCAAACCGGGACGGCGGCCCAGGUGGCGGUCGUAUCGACGCAGCCGCACACCUCGUUCUCGCAGAUGUCGAACCUGAUUGCCGCUCCGCCGCCGCACUUGCAGCCGGGUGCCGGCAUGGGCGGGGUAGGCGUAGGCGUCAGCCCGGGCGGUCUCGCCGAGCCGGCGAAGCAGCCGGCCAAGCGGGAAAAGCGCAAACACGCCAUCAGCAUCAUCCAUCCCGACACGAUGGAGGAUAUUUUGGAGAACAUGUAUAAUGAUCCGAGCUCGUCUUCGAGCGGCAGAACCGGUGGUGGCGGUGGGGGAGCCUCCUCCGCUACCAGUACCGCCUCGACCGCAGUUUCUUCCGCCGGGACGCCGGGACCAGCGGUGCCGGUCAGCGCCCAGCCCGUCAGCACGCCAUCCCACAUGGGAGAGUCGCAGGACUAUGCGGAAUAUCAACCGCAACAGCAGCAGCAGCCGCCCCAGCCGACCCAGCCGGCACAGGAAAUGGUCGUUCCGGCGGCGAUGGUGGGCCAGAUGCCGCCACCGCAGCACCUCCAUCAUCAGCCGCCGCCGCCGAUGCAGCUGGCCGGACAUGAGCUAAUCCGUGUGCCGAACCACCAGCAGCAGGUGCCGCAGCCGCCCCAGCAGGCAGUCGUCCCGGGCGGGCCGCUGCCACCGACGCAUCCGCACGACAUCUACGGUGGGCUGAAGAUGAUGAACCAUUCACAUCCUCCGCCCCAUCUGCCGCCGCACCUAACGAGUGACAUGACUACUGUCACGGGUACACCGGUCGUGUCCGCCAUGUCCGACGGGCCCUCGGUCGAGAUACCGAACUCGUACAUUAAAAAGAAGAAACCAAUCCCCGACGGGGGAAUGCACCACUCGCAGCAGCAGCAGCAACAUCCACACUCGAAGCAGCAGCAACAACAGCUUCACCAUUACCAUGCCCAGCAACAUCAGCAACAGCAGCAGCAGCAGCAGCAGCAGCACCAACAGCAGCAGCAACACCAGCAGCAUCAGCAGCACCAACAACAUCCACAGAUGCAUCAUCACCAUCAGCAGCAGCAACAGCAGUCGCACCACCACCCACAUCAGCGACACCAGCAGCACCAGCAGCAUCUGCAACACCACCAGCAGCAGCAACCGCAACAGCAGCAGCAACCGCAACAACAGCAGCAACAACAACAACAGCAGCAGCAGCAGCAGCAGCAUACAUAUGCAAUGCAGCAAUCCCAGCAAGCAGUGGCAGCAGCUCAGGCACAGGCGCAAGCAGCGGCAGCAGCAGCCGCGCAGCUGCGCGUUUCCUCUUCUGUUCCACCCAACCCAGUGCUUGCGGACAGUGAGCUGAUGGCAACAGGCGCCCUUCCACCAGCGCAGCAUGCGGCGGCUAUCGUUGUGCAGCAGCAUCCGCACCAUCCCCAUCACCACCAACACCACCACCCCCAGCAUCAGCAGCAGCAGCAGCAGCAGCAGCAGCACCAUCAGAACCAGGUAGUCGGGGCCAGCUACAUGACAGAACCUCCUCCACCGAUUCUAGCUGUUGCGCCAAACGAUCGACGCUUCCGCACGGUUUCGGAAAAAUCGGUCACCGAGUCGAACCUGUCCUCGGACGCGGAACCGUUCGUCUACACCGGUAGCAGCAGCAGCAUCAACAGUUUACACCAAGCACCUCCGCCAUCCGUUCCUUCCUCCUUGGCUGCCGGCGCAGCAGUCGUCGAGAGCAGCAGCGGUGGCAUUGGUAGCUCCACGGCCGAAUCGGCCGACAGGAGAGACGCUGAAAGUUUACCUCCCGCUGGAGACGAGCGGCAAGGAAAGCCGGAGGAAGGUGCUACCACAGACCCGACGACGGUGCAUGAUGACGACGAGCAGAAUGCGAACGUGCCUCAGCAGCGGUCGAGUGAUAGCAAUGCCGUCGUCGACCAGCACGCGGACGAUGCCGCUGAUACACUCUCGGAAGCAGUAGCGAAUCUGAACAUUGGUGUCGAUGAGAAGAAGGCGUUGUUGGCGCGGACAGAAGCUGAAGUGGAAUCGCCAGCGCAACCGGCUGUCGCGCCAGUGGGCCAGACAGACGGGGCAGAGAUGGAAGUGCACACGACGACGGACGGUAUGGGUGCUGACGAUGGUGGUGUGGCCUCGGACGAGACGGAUCGUGUGGCUGUCGGAAUGGCCGAUGGGAGCGCUACUACUGCCAAUAGUAUGAGUACGGAACCGGCGGCCAAGACGCCCUCCACUGCUGCUGUACAGCAAUCUAACUUUUUAAAUAAGGAACGUAGCGUUAAGAAUCUAGAUAAUGAUUACAUUAACAAUAAUAAUGUGGAUUACACCAGACACUUAAGCUCGAUAGACGCCGACGGUAAGGGAGCCGCACCGUCGGGCGACAAUGUGAAAGCGACCGGCGAGUUGCCGAAGGCAACCGUCGACGAUCGCGAGCAACCGAGGAAGGAGCAGCUGCAGGCCGGCGAGACUGAUCAAAUCGUCCCAAGCGAACGUAGCAAGGAUGCUCCGCCCAGCAGCAAAAGUAACGAUGUGAGCGCGGUCACCGGUGCGGCAGCAGCCGCUCCUCCUCCGACCAAUGCCGCGACCAACAACAACAGUUUGGACGACAACCGUAACGUAGUUACGGAGGUAGCGUCUCCGGCAGCGAACGACAGUGAGGCGAAGCACGUCGCCCCGUCGGCGAGGGCCGACGAGGAGGGCAAGCGGGAACAGCUGCCGGCGGCAGCCAGACCGGCAACGGCAAAUGCCACCUCGACAACGAAGAGCGCGACGACGGCGACGGCUGCAGAGGUCAAAACGGCACCGGCUGGCGCAGGCAAUGGGGCCGGCACGAAUGCGGCAGCACCACCGGCGGUGAAGAAAAGUAGUUCAAUAACCUUGAUCGCGUACGAUCCGGACCAGUGGAGCCCGGGGAACCCGGACGGCAAGAAAAAGUAUUCCCGCGAGCAGCUGAUGAUGCUGAAAAAUAUCGCCCCAGCCCUGGAGAAGCCGGCCAACCUGCCGAACAGUCUGGAGAAUCUGCUCGUCCGGACGAACCACUCGAUGGGCAUGGGUGGUGGCGGCGGUGGCGGCAAUGCGUACGGCGGCAAUCAAAAGAGCACGGAAUUCUCGCUACUUCCUAACUUUAUGAAGGGCAUGGGUGGCGGCGGUGGUGGUGGCGGCGGCGGUGGUGGUCACCACAAUCCGGUGCGGCAGUCGUACGUGGUGAAGCGUUCGUCACAGCAGGGCAGCAUCGGGGGCGGCAACCAGUCCGGUGGCGGCGGUGCCCAGCCGAACAAACAGUCGCAGCAGGGCCUGAGCAAGACGGGAUCGAAGAUCAUCAAGCUGAACCUGCAGCUCAACGAGGAGGUAAAGCUGAACUCGAGUGCUAACGCGUGGCGCCCGAGCCAGCUGAUGAAGAGCGAGAGCGCCGAACAGGACGAAACGCAAAAGUUGCUGAAAUCGAUGCGCAGCAUCCUGAACAAGCUGACGCCGGAGAACUUCACCAAGCUGGUGGAGCAGGUGAAGAUGCUCUCGAUCAAGACGGACGAACAGUUCAAGGGCUGCAUCCGGUUGGUGUUCGAGAAGGCUAUCUCGGAGCCCAACUUUUCCGAGGCGUACGCGAAGAUGUGCCGCGAGAUCGGUUCGCUGGCCGUGCCUGAUCAGAAGUCCGACUUCCGCACCCAGCUGCUGGAACGGUGCCAGUGCGAGUUCCAGGAGCGGCGCAAAGAUGCAGCGAAAGCCGCGCAGGAGCGGCGCGCGAAGCUGAAGAAGAGCAAAGACCUGAGCCAGGAGGAGUUCGAGGAGCUGAAGGAGCAGCUCGAGGAGGAGGAAAUGAAGGUGCGCCGGAGGGCCGUCGGUACGGUGCGGUUCAUCGGCGAGCUGUACAAGCUUGGCAUGCUGCAGCCGAGAACCAUGCUCCAGUGUUUCGAUGCGCUGCUGCCCAAGAACCCGGAGGAGUCGAACGAAGAGUCGCUCGAGUGUUUGUGCAAGCUCCUGACGACGGUAGGGGCGAACCUGGAGAAGAUGAACGAGUCGCUGACCAGCUACUUCACCCGGCUCGGCGACAUCGUGAAGCAGUUCAAAAAGUACAACAUAAGCAGCCGGAUCCGGUUCAUGAUCCAGGACGUGAUUGAUCUGCGCCGGAACAACUGGGUGCCGCGGCGCCAGGAGCUCAACCCGAAAACGAUCUCGCAGAUUGCGCGCGAGGUCGAGUCGGAGCAGAAUCGCAUCAACAUGCUAAACUUCAUGCCCGGCAAAGAUUCGGGCUAUUCCGGCGGUGGCAGAGAUAUGGGAGGGCCGCGCGGCGGCAGCUCGGGUGGCGGUCUGUACGGCAAGAUGUCAUCCGGUGGUGGCGGCGGCAAUUCCGGCUUCAACCAGGGCAGCCUUGGUCGGGGCAGCAGUGGCGGAGGGGGCGGCGGGUCCACCAAAGGUGGCCGUCUGCAAAAGGACGAUGAAGGAUUCCAGGUCAUCUCCAGCAGCCGUAGCAGUAAUCGUCCGUUCUCUAUAGAUCCAAAGAAGCUGCCAUUGUCGAUGAACGUCGACACGACGCAGCUGGGCCGAGCGUCGAACUAUCAGACGAAUAAGUGGAAGAAUAACAUUUUCGAAACGCUCGGCAAUGAGGAAAGCGGUUCAACGGCAGCCUCCAGCGCGGAUCGUGAUAACAAUGAUCGCGACCGUGAUCGCGAUCGUGACCGUGACCGUGACCGUGACCGCGACCGUGACCGCGAUCGUGACCGUGAUCGUGACCGCGACCGUGAUCGUGAUCGUGAUCGGGAACGGGAUCGGGAUCGCGAUCGGGAUCGGGAUCGCGGAUCGAGUAAGGACUCUUACCAUAAAAGCGCCAUGGAGCGGGAUCGCUACGGACGCUAUGGAAGUAGCAGUAGUCAAAACGAAGACCGUUACUCCCGAAACUCCCGGGAGCCUUCCUCCUCAUCCGGUGGCGGCAGUGGUAUGGAUCGUGACUGGGACAGGAAAAUGGGACCCCCGAUGCAGGGCCGCGGUUCCGGCAACCAGUCGCAUCAACAGCAGCAACAGCAGCCGCCGCGCAUGACGCGGAUGGGACAGUCGACCUCCACGUCGGGGCAGUUCUAUCAGCAGCUGCAAAUCCCGGGCGCACCAUCGUCUGCGUCCUCGUCUACGGGACCGAGAGUUUCGAGCGGUGGCAGCAGUAGCAGUGCGUUGACCACACCGACCGGCAGCGAUGGUGCGGAGCUGCUUAACGCUAGCAGCUCCAUCCAAUUCGACGAGCGGUCGGAAGCGUUGAUACGGGAGCUGGCGGCCGAUCUGGACAGAAGCCAUCCCGAGUACUGCCGCACGCUGGCGAAGCGGCUGUUCGAGCGCAGUCUCGAUCAGAAAACGAUGACACGGAAGGAGGUGUCGGGCAUCGUGCACGGCAUGUUCCGCCGUAAGCAGAUCAAUCGUAAGGACUUCCAGUACUCGGUGGAGGACGUGCUGCUCGAGGCCGGCAGUAUGGUGAUCGAUGUGCCGAUGUUGUGGGACUAUUCGGCCGAGUACUUCGUACCGCCGCUGCACGAGCGGCUGAUCACGCUGCAGGACGCGCAGCAGAUCGCGACCAGCACCAUCGCGGACACGGAACAGAAGCCGUACGAAUGCUGGCUGCUGUGCCGGAAGGUGCUGCAGAUCUACGAAGCGGCCCACGGCAAGGACGCAACGAUCAAGCUGUGGUACGAGAGUCCGCUGGAUCUGAAAUUGUUUGGCAAACCGGGCGAGGACGAGGCUGCCGUCAGGCAGCGCAUGGUCGAUGCUAAGCUGGGCUAUCUGCUCGAGUGCAAGGUCGCGUCCAGCAUCCGGGAGUUCCUGCGCAACGACGCACCGAACGAAACGAUCUUCCAGUGGAUCAGCUCGCACGUGUCCGAGCAGCAGGAGAACUCGUCCGAGUUUAUCCGCACGCUCACGACGGUCGUGCUGGAGCACUGCAUCAACAAGACGAAGCUGGACACGGCCAAGAUCGAAAAGUGGCACAUGCUGCUGCAGCGCUACAUCCAGGGCAAGGCGGAGCGUGAGCUGCAGGCACUGUACGCGGUCCAGCUGCUGGUGGAGCGGAUGCAACACCCGCAGCAUCUGCUGCAGACCAUCUUCCAGCAGCUGCACGAGUUUGAGGUCGUCAUGGAAGGGUUCCAUCUGUGGAAGGAGGAGCGCAGCGACCACGAGAUCGAGGGCCGGGGCGUCUGCAUCAAAUCGACCAGGCAGUUCUUCGUGCAGCUCAUGGAACCGGACAGUGAGAGCGAAGAUGGGGGCAAGGAUAGUGACAGUGAUGAUGGGCGAGGACGAAGAGGAAUCAGUCGCAAAGGUUCGCAUUAAUUCUAUGUGUGUGUGUGUGGGGGGUAAAAAUUAGAUAGCAGAGCUGUGGUUGAAGAAGAGAGGACUGAGGGGGAGAUAGGGAUUGUGGAAGAGUUUGAAUGGGGUUGACAGAAGACAGAAGGAUAUUUCCACCACUACCACCACCACUUCGAUUGAGGUUGCUAACCUUCCCGCCCCCCGCCAUCCCUCGUGUGGAGUGCUGCCGAUCAUGUGAUUCGGGUGGUUCGGGGUCGAUCGAUCAGUCGGACGAUUGUACGAUUUGUCUUUUUUAUACAUAAACUCUCUCCCCCUCCUCUCACCACACGUAAACACAUACACGCUACAACCCUACAAAUACCAAGUAAAUAUUCGUUCGCAGUAGGCCGUCGGCCCUUCUUCCUGCUGUGUGUGUACGCGCGCGCGCGUGCUCCUCAUGCCGUGAGGGAAAGCGUUGAAAGGAAAAGGGAAGAUAGUGAGAGAGCUAAGGGGGGCUCGGGACAGUUAGACAGAAAAGGGAAAAGUGUAUGACGAACAGAAAACGAAAAACAAACCCGGAAACGAAUUCAAAAAAAAAACAAGGCGGUGGUGUUUAGAAUAUAGCACUAGUAGGCGCGCCACGAGGAGUGUGUGUGUACCAUCAUGUUCAGCGUACGUGCAUUCUGCUGCAUGUGUGUGCGUGUGAGUGUAUGAGUAUGAGUGUGUGUGUGUGUGUGUCUUUCGUGCGUGUGUGCGUGCUUGGGCAAAAGGGUUGCGGGUGGGGUUGCGCUCCCACAGGACGGGAGAUUGGUGCAAAUUGAGCUGCUGCAAACUAAACUACACGUGCCGGUCAACCUCUUGGCGGCGUCCACCCCGCCACCCCCCUUUUUCCCAGUGCAGGCGUGUGGCCCAACCCCUUGAUGAAAUGAUCACCUACGAUAUGCUGCUGCUGAUGCAUGGGAUUAGUAUUGUUUAUGCUGCAAAACGAUACUACUACAUCCCUAAGGAAGAAAGAUCACCACUAACUACUAUUACUACUACAUACGUCUGCUACAUGGGCGCACACACGAGCCUACAUGCAGGCACACAUCCGCUCACACAUACACACUCACACGCACACAUCUGGAUGCACACACAAGAGACGCAGGAUCAUUUAAACAGCAAGCAACAAAACCAGCAAACACACACACCCCCUCUCAAAUUGCAUAAACACACAAGUAAUGAUUUAAAUGAUAAAAUAUAAUUAAUAAAUAUGGAUACCGUUAAGAUCAACAUUUAUUUACAUGCAUAAAUAUAUAUAUUUAUAAAUAAUUAUCGAAUAAAGUAUCUGGUGAACCACACAAAACAAAA